AUGGAGGCGGUGCCGCGUUUGCAUAUGCUGUGGUUCGCCCUGAAAUCGAGUCCCGAAGGAACCUCCUUUGCGGCUUUGAAGAAGUACAUUGCGGAAUUCUACCAUGAGGACCCAGAGGCCUUCUCCAAGGAGGUUCACGCCCUGGAGACCCUUCGCAACCAGGCCAUGCGCACCACCAAGGAUGGAGCACCGGUGAUGAAGCGCUACUACUGCCAACUACACGCUCUCCAGAAUCGAUUUCCCCAGCUGGCGGAUCGUGGGAUCUUCACCUUUACAUGGAAGGAUCUCUAUCACAGUGCCGUUCACGAGGUCAGCGACCUGCGAUUCGAGCGGGCCGCCGUGCUGUUCAACAUUGCCGCAUCGCACACGCAAUCCGGAGCAUCUGUGACCCGUGGCGAUGUGGACGGCAUGAAGAUGGCCUGCACACACUUCCAGGCGGCCGCCUGGGCCUAUGGAGAGCUAAGAGAACGCUAUGCCAAUGUCAAUAGUGGCGGGGAUUUCAUGACCCAGGAGCUGCUGGUGUUCCAGCAACAAGUGUGCUUUGCUCAGGCACAGGAAUGCAUCCUGGAGAAGUCGCUGAUUGAUAACAGAAAGCCACACAUUGUGGCCAAGGUUACGGCUCAGAUUGUGAUCUACUAUGGAGCUGCACUCGCUGCUCUGUUGACCGGAGGAGAUGAGGGUCCGGUGGCCCAGGUCAUCGAUAGCUCUGUUUACAAACUGUGGAAAAAGUACGUGCGCUUCAAGAUCAACUAUCUGACGUGUAUAUUGUACCUGUACCAAGGACAACAUUCCGAGGAGAAGCGUCAGAUGGGCGAAAGGGUCACGCUUUACCAGGCUUCUUGGGACAAACUAGAAGAGGCACGCAAAGAGUCCAAGGGUCUACCCGAUCAGCGAGAGAUCAAUGAAUCCCUGAGUUUCACCGCUGAUGUUGUGGAGGCUAAGCGUAAAAAUGCCAAAAACGAGAACGAGUUCAUUUACCACGAGUCGGUGCCGGAACUCUCCACCAUUGCUGCAGUCCAAGGUGCCAAUCUGGUAAAUGGAAUAGGCUUUCAAGUAACCGACGAGGAGCACUCGGGACCAGAUAUAUUUGCCCGAUUGGUGCCUAUGAAGGCCCACGAAGCCAGUUCUCUGUACAGCGAGGAGAAAGCCAAGUUGCUGCGAAAGUAUGGGGCCUUGCUGGAGGAGAAGGACACCCAACUGGAGGCCUACAUGAGCUCCCUCACUUUGGAUAAUCUGAAUAUCAACGAGGAACAGGCUAAUAAGCUGCCGCAGGGCAUCGUUGAUCGCUGUGCUGCCUUGAAUGCCAACAAGACUGCUAUCAGCGAUCUUGUGGAGGCCAUGUCUCAGCUGGCUGAGAUUACAGCCGAUGUGGAGACCAAUCUUGGCGAGAUAUCGCAAAUGCUGGAGGCAGAAUCCAAAGCGGAGCGGGAGUUCCAAUCCGCCAGCGGCGUUCAACGAACUCCAAAUGCUCAUAUUACUGAGUUGACCCGAGAGUUCCAAAAGUACAGUGAGGCCCAUGCCCGCGCAGGGGAGUCUAAUAAUACCCUAAGAAAAGCCAUGAGCCUGCACGUAAAUAACCUAAAAAUCCUGGCCAGACCAUUGCCUGAGAUUCAACAACUUAUGCCCAAACUAAGUUCAGAAUUGAAUACUACCGAAAUCUUUAGGGAUGUGAAACUAAUACUCAAUAAAGUCAACGAAAUGAAGGCCCAACGAGCUCAGUUUCAUGCAGACUUGAGGAUAGCCAUCAAUGAGGAUGAUAUAACUGGAAAAGUGAUUGCCCACGGUGGGCAGGAGGGUCUCCAAGCUUUAUUUUCCACCGAACUUUCUAAGCACGAUAAGAUCACAGAACUUCUGGACCAGAAUAUGGUGGCCCAGGCCAAUAUUCUGCAGGCUCUAACGGAAAACUAUGCCAAGGCAGCUCCAGUUUUAAAGACACUACAGGAUGUGAAGCAGAAACGUGAGCAUUUCUACAGUUCUUUGGCGGCCUCUUACGACGUUUAUGAGGAUCUUUUGGCCAAAUCAGCCAAGGGCUUGGAAUUCUACAAGAAACUGGCUGGGAAUGUGCAGAAGCUGCUUACCAGAUUUAGAUCUGCCAGGGAUGUUCAGUCGGAAGAGCGCCAGCAAAGGAUGCAGAGCGUCAAGGCGGCGACGCCUCCAGUGGUCAGCAAGCCCACUCCGGAAGCAGCUCCAUCGCCAGCGGUUAGUAGCACUCCCAAGCUGAGGGAUUAUCUGAAGGCCAAAGCAGCAAUGGCGGAUGCCUCGAAUCCCACAACUCCUGGCUAUGUGCCCACAGUGCGCCCGGUGCCGGUGGGUUCAGAAAAUCCCACCCAGGCGACUUGUUCCUACGCCACUGCACCGCCGAAUGAGCCACCUCCACCAUAUAGCCUUACUCAACAGCAGUAUUUCGACCCCAGUGCCGCAGGAUAUACGAAUCCCAUGUAUCAACAGCAGCAGCAGCACAUUGCUCCUCCGGCCUACAAGGCUCAAGCUUCGCCCAACUCGCAGACCUUGCACGGAGCAAUGGCUCAGAUGAAUCUGCAGAACCAGGCACAGGAUAACAACCAAGCGGGCAUGGGCUACAGUUACGGAUAUCCAAGUGGAGCAGUGCCACCGCUGGCCUAUGCUGCACCUGGAACAGCUCCCGCAAGCUCAGCUUCCCAGGGAUUUAACGUCCAGCAACCGUUGUAUGUGGCCACUUCGGGUAAUCCCAAUCCGGUUGCAAAUCCCAGCGAGGUACCCACCUCCUUGCAGGCACCCUUUGUGGUCAAUCAAAUGUCCAAUCCUUACCAAACAGCCGGAGGCUAUCCAGGACAGGUUUAUCAACAAACUCAACAGGCAGCUUAUCCACCGGCAAGUUCUGGUUACCCAGCAACUCCGCAGUCCUUGGGUUAUACUCCAAGUCAGCAGCAGCAAUCUGCGGCAUAUGCGCAAUCCCAAACACCACAGCAACAGGUGGCAGGCUAUCCGCAACAGCCAUCAACAGCAUAUUCCCAAUCUUUGACCCCUCAGCAAGCUGCAGGAUAUCCCCAGUCACAGGCGCCGCAGCAACAGAUGACCGGCUAUCCCCCAUCUCAACAGCCCACGGGAUUUACCCAGUCGCAAACGCCUCAACAACAGCAUACAGGCUAUCCACAGACACCGCAGCAACAGACAGGAGGAUAUCCCCAAACCCAAACACCGCAGCAACAAGCAACAGGAUAUCCCCAAACCCAAUCGCAGACACCACAGCAACAGCCAGGAGGAUAUCCCCAGUCCCAGACACCGCAGCAACAGCCAGGGGGCUAUCCCCAAUCCCAAACACCGCAGCAACCACUGGCAUAUCAGCAGCAACCAUCGGGCUAUCCACAACAGCAGCAAUCUUCGGCUGUUGCUCCUCAGCAACCUUCUCUGUAUCCCUCUCUAGCUCCAGCUCCUGGCGUUUCUCCUGUUCCGAGUCCUGCUCCAGCUCAGACUCAAGCACCUACUUCAUCUCAAGCUGUCACAUCACCCAAUCCUGGAGCCACCUACAGCAGCUAUUCCAACCAUCCUGGGUACAGCUUUAAUCCCCAGACGGGUCAAUACGAGUACAGCAGUGGCUAUCAGCAGGAAAGCAGUGCCUUGAAGGGAUCCCAAGCAUCUCAGAAUUACCAGUUCAGCCAGAGUGGCAAGCAGCAGUCGGUGGGAACCACAGAUUCGGAGAACGCCAAUCGCAGCAAUUCGGCUACGGGAUUCAAUUCACCUAUCGUGUCCCACACAAAAGCUAAUCAGCCAGCCAAGGACUCCACUUCGGCGGAGGAGGGUAAGGAAUCAUCCAACUACUAUUCUGCUCCCUAUGGCUACCAUGGCAGUGUAACGCCCCAGCCGCACCAACAGCAGCCCACUCCCACGCCUCCAACAGGCUCCAUUUACAUGCUGAGCGGAGCACAGAGCACAGCUCAGACGCAAACAACCACGAGUGGACCACCAUAUGCCUCCUCCAGCGCUACAGCCAAGGCGGAACCCAAAGCGGAGGUAGUGGCUCCCAAAGUAACCAGCAAUGUGGAUCUGCUUAGUGACCUGGACAUCGACUGCUCUGUGGCUGUGCCGCCGCCCAUGUUGCCGCAACCUGUGAUGCUGCCGCAGGUGGUGGGCACUCCCACGCCUCCGGGAAGUCAGGUGUCGGCUCCCGCUAAAGCUGAAAGUGUGGUAGAGCCCAUUGCGCUCAAAACGCCAGACAUUCCCCCAGCAGCCGUGGAAGAAAUAUCUUCAACUCCAGCUUCUAUACCAUUAGCUCCAAAGUGCACCAGUCUGGACAACCUCUCCAACUGUUCUGAUCUAAGUUCUCUGGAGAACUUUGAUUGGGACUCGGUCUCACUUACACAUUCCGUCAGUGAAAAUCAGCAAAAGGCACCUGCCGCCAAUGGCCAUUCGAACAAUUUUGCAUUCCAAGCCGAAACCUUUACCGAUGAAAAGACCACCAAAUAUUUUCAAAAGGAGGUGGAGAGCUACGAAAAAUUGCUGGAGAAUCUUCAUGUGAAAAUGCUGAACGGGAAGACCCAACUGGGGGCCAAGUGGCAGGAGUUGCAGCAGAAACUGGACAAAGACGCUAGUGCCAACAAGCGGUCCACCACCAUUGCGAAAUUGUUCCCGGAGAAGAAUCGAUCGCUCGAUUGCCUGCCCUUCGAUCAUGCUAGAGUGAAACUGGACAAGCAGACAGAUGACUAUAUCAAUGCAGCUUACAUGAAGAACUUGAGUGCCGGCUGUCCUAAUUUCAUCGUUGCCCAGACUCCGCAGGCGAAUACCAUCAACGAUUUCUGGUCCAUGAUCUGGUCAGAAAAGUCACGCACUGUGGUUUGUCUACAUACCACAAACGAGCUUUUUGAUCCCUACUGGCCUCAGACACUGGAUCAGACCACUCACUACGAUGAUUACACCGUGACCUGUGUGAAACUACAGCAACUUAGCCACUGCUCCGAGUACCAACUCAAAUUAUCCAUGCAUGGAGCAGAUGCCGUGCUGGAUUUAUCUCUUCUGCAGCUAAAACAGUGGACCAAGGGAGCACCUGCUCAACUUUUGGGAGUGGCUCAAAAUGCGCUGGAGACCCAUCGACAGCGCUGCCAGGCAGCUAAUGCUCCUAAUUCACCGCUCAUUAUGAAUUGUUUAACGGGCUCCGAGCGUUCUGAACUGGUUGCCAUUGGUGUAUGUGCCAUCAUAGCCACACAGAACAAGCAGCCCAUUUUGCUUAAUACGGUUGAUGUUUGGUCGCGCAUUUGUGCACAGCGUCAAAAUUCCUUGAGGGAUUCAGCCAUCCUGGAACAGUCCAUGCAAAUCGUGCUUUGCAAUGCUCACAAUGUCCUUAACAAGCGUGGCAUAAUGACCUCAUAUCAAAUGAAGAUGGCUCCGCAGGUGACUGCCAAGGAGCAGCAGGAGACCAAGGAUCCGCUCAACGAAUUGGAUGCACUUUGGAAGCUGAAAUAAACGACUGAACCAACCAAUCGCGGCAGUUAACUAAAGAUAUAUUUCUAAUCAAACACGAGUAUUUAUACAACUAUUUAAUUUUGCAAACCUGUUUUCAACGAUCUGACAUUGUUGUAAACAAUUUAAGGCAAGAGAAAAGUAUUUAAAGGGAUAUCGAAAUCAUUUUUUUAUCUAUAUCAUAAUCGACUCUUUCAACUGUUAUAUAAAGUGUAUUUCGAAGCGAACCGAAUCGUGAUGUUAAUGGGAUAUUGUCAAGCGUUUCAAACCACUCUAAACGAGUAUAUUAUAUAUCAAUUAAACAUUUAAUAAAAUACAUACAAAUCAAAA